AUGUUUGGCUAUUCGUCCCGAACAACAACUGAUAACAAUGAAGAAUUAGAAUCAGAUGAUGACGGAGAUGGUGAAGAUGAUCCUCAUGGUGAGUUAUUGAAUUUUGAAAACGACGAUUAUAACGAUGAAGAAGAGAUAUUAAAUUCAACAAGAUCAAUUUUUGAAGGAAUAAAAAUUGUUGAUAAUAUUAAUUCUAUGCUGAAAAAUUCGUAUUUUAAAAUUAAAAUAAAUGAUAAAAUUAAAUAUCUUCACAAACAAUCAGCUUGUUGGCUAUUGUCCAACAAAUCGAUAGGAUUAUCAAGUGAUCGUUUAUCUCGGAUCAUGCAACAAACAUAA